ACCGGACGAGUUGAAAUUUGCAUCAAAUUCACAAGAGUGUAGUUUGGAGGGCCUGGUUCCACUGCUUUGGAGCAGAACCCUUGCAGUUGCUGAAAGAUAGUAAAAUGGUUUCUUCGGCUGUUCGGUCGUCCCUGAUAUGUGGUUCCACGGUUAGACAAUAUGCAGUUGCAGCAGCUGCACAAUCUCACAGUGUUCCUGUACCUGAAUGUAAAGUUCUGAGCAAUAAGAUCACUGUUGCUGCUUAUGAUAAUAACUCUCCAAUUACACAAGUAUCCAUUGUAUUCAGAGUUGGGUCUCGAAAUGAAACGUAUGAUACGCAAGGUGUGAUGCACCAUUUGCGGGUGAUGGCAGGACUAAGUACAUCAACUGCAUCUGGUUUUGCUAUAACAAGGAAUAUUCAGCAACUGGGUGGAAAUUUAAUGACCAUUAUAGAUCGUGAAAGUAUAGCAUAUACAUUGCAGAUUACCAGAAAUAAUAUCUUUGAUACUCUCAAAUUUCUGGAAUGUGUUGCGACCAAGCAAGUCUUUAAACCAUGGGAGUUAUCUGAUCAAUUACCCAGAUUACAAUAUGAACUGGCUUCUGUGCCUGAAACAACUUUAGUACUUGAACGUGUACAUAAAGCUGCUUAUCGUACAGGGCUUGGAAAUUCCCUUUACUCUUCGAAGCAUCAGCUAGGUAAAAUUAGUACUGAAACUCUACAGCAUUUUACGAACUCAUGGUUUACAGCACCAAAAUGCGCCAUUGUAGCAACUGGAAUUCCACUAUCAGACCUUGUUGCUUUUGGAAACAACUUAGAAAUUGGUUCGGAAGAUGCUCCAAACGAAGCAUCGCCAUACCUUGGCGGGGAAAUUCGAAAGGAAACGACAUCACACCUGACUAACGUAGCGGUAGUUGUUGAAGGUGUAAGUCUAAAAAACGAGCAAGAUGCUCUAGCCUGUGCCGUUCUUCAAAGGGCGUCUGGUAGUGGACCAAGAGUUAAAUGGGGUAAUAGUUCAAGCCCGUUGUACAAACAAGUUGCAAACGUCGCGGGCACAGAUCCAUUCGCUUUAUCAACUUUCAAUGCCAGUUAUUCAGAUUCUGGACUUUUCGGUGUUGUCUUGUGUUCAACACCUAAUAUUGCUGGAUCUCUAAUAAAAGCAUCUACCAAGUGGUUGAAAUCUAUCAAACUUUCUGAUAGUGACAUUGCUCGUGGUAAAGCUAUAUUGAAAGCCGAAAUUCUGGAUACAGCCGACAGUGAAGCCCUUCUAUUAGAAAAUUUACAACAACAAGCUAUAACCAAGGGACAAGUUAUUUCAACAGCUUCUUUAAUUGCUAAUGUUGAGAAAGUUUCAGCAUCUAACGUUAAAUCUGUUGCUGAUAAACUUGCUAAAGGAAAGCUAAGUAUGGCUGCUGUUGGCAAUUUGAAAACUGUACCAUAUGUCGACGAACUGAAAUAAAUGAAAACAUCUGUUAUUCUAAAGAGACAAGUAGCACGAAGUCAGUACCGACUCUCUUCAGUAUUGUGGAGAUUGAGGCUAAGGUAUACGUAAGCUACCAGGUUAAGUCACCACACAUAUUUAACAAUCAGCUGCAUUUAUUUGCAGCAGAUAUAACUGUAUAGAUAUGAAUAAAAAUAAAAACUGUUUA